CUGCAACCUGAGUCCAAGCGAUCAAUCGCUGCGAGACCGACUGUCCAUAGCCGUGAUGCACUGAUGCUCCAUGGCUAUUCGGAACCAAUACUGGGGGAAUGUCGUCGCAGUCGUCCCCACGGUCGGGGCAGCGCUUGCGACUCUCAUAUAUGUCCUGCGUCUGAUUGCAUGCCGGAUGUCUACGGUCGGGUGGCGGCUAGAGGAUUUGUUGAUGGGUAUUGGCCUGAUUCUUUCGUACGGGGUCACGGCUUUUGUUAUCUACACUGCCUUCAAUGGUGUAGGAGUUCCAGGAAAUGAACUUCCGCAGGACGAACGUAUUCGCCUGCAAUUUGGCUCUUGGAUGAUCCAGAAAUUCUGGGCGCCAUCCAUGGCAUUUGUGAAAAUAUCCAUUCUAGUCUUCCUCAAGCGACUGCUAGGCACCGUGAAGGUGGUUCGUGUGGGAGUGAUUUGUCUAAUUGUCUUCACCAUGAUGUGGGCCUUUACCGAGCUCAUGGGGAAUAUUUUUCAAUGUCACCCAGUCCAGUACUACUAUGACACCACACUAAACGGCCAUUGUAUGCCUGGACAGACAAAACUAUUCCAGACAUCGGCUUGCUUGUCCUUGAUAGAAGACGUGAUUAUUUUGCUUUUGCCAAUGCCGGUGGUCUGGCGGUUGCGAAUCACAGUCCAGCAGAAGAUUGGGCUGACAAUAGUCUUCUCGCUGGGUGCAUUGGUAUGCAUUUUCAGCUUGCUACGUGUGAUUGAGUUCAACCACUUUCACACCAAUGACCUCGCUUCAUCCAGCGCUAAAGAGUCCAUUUGGACCGCCCUAGAACUUAAUGUCGCUAUAAUUUGUGGCUGUCUUCCUCUUUUCAAACCCCUCGUGCACAGGUUUCUUGGAAAGGUCAAAGCCCAAUCGACCCGUUCGUUACGCACACCGCGUUACCUCAACCGGCUAAGCCAAGACCCCGAUGGAUUCCAUAAAAUCAGCGAUCCCCAUGGUCUAAGGACAAGCAAGAGCGUGGUGGUAUCUACGGACCCUAGUGGGAGACGUAGUUCGGAUGUUGAACUUCGCGGAAUCACCGUGCAUACUGCGAUCCAGCAGGAUGUGGAGAGUCGGCCAAUUACUAAUAGUUCAGACGCAUUGACCGAGACAACAUGGCCUCGGUGAUCUAAGUGGGAUAUAGUUUAGAUUUAAUUUUGAUAUCGAUGGUGUAAGACUUCAUAACCUAGUUCUUCCCCUCGAGUAUUAUUCUUCACUCUACGUUUCAGGAUUUGACUUUGGACCGUGAGUGCUCCGUAACUUUAUACUCCUUGUGAAUAUUUGACUGGGGCCUUUCGCAAGUGUGGAUCUGCGGUUAGGGUUGGAGGCUGAAGGUUGAUUAACGUAAAUACAUAAAGCAUCGCACUCAGUUGGC